GUUGGACUUAGUUCAUAAGAGAAAUUGUCUGACUUAUGAUUCGAGGUGUAGGUUAUGGGUCACUAUUGAAACGCAGUGUUAUGCGCCGAUAGAAAGUUUAUGCGUCGUGAUUCAUGCCGGAUUGUUUACAGGAAUGAAAAGGAAAACUAAUUCAUUUUAAAAGUCGUCCGAAAUUUCAUCAAGUAUGGGAUGUUGCUACAGUUUUUGUAAAGAGGACACUGGGCCCCAGAGCGGGGAAGUGAAUGAGAGGACUCAUCUUUUAGUCGAUCCUGUUAGUAAUAAUACAAACAUACCAAGAGUACAUAGCGAUGAUUAUGUUAAUCAAUAUGCAAAUUCUGAACCCAAGAAGACAGAUGAACAAAGUGCAUUGAACAGAAUUCUGCAUGAAACUGCUGCAAAUGUAAUAGAUAUUGGUGCAUUGGAUUCACAUAAUUUAGAACAACAUGAAUAUAUGGAUAGAUCACGAGCUUAUGCAAAACGCAUAGAAGCAUGGGGCUUUAAAGUCCCGGAUAAUACAGUAUGUCUCCUUAAAGAUAUCCCUGCACCGGAAAGAAUACUCGCAUCUAAUCCACUUGCUGCUGGAGAUCAUGAACUUAUCACCGGUAUGCUCAAGAAUGCAGUAGUUGCAUUAAAUGAUAUUAAAGUAGAGCAUAAGGAAGAUUUGGUAGUACCUUUCUUAUCGUGAUCUUACAGUAAUUCCAUCGACAGGAUACAACAUCAUCCUGUUUAAAUGGAAUUAUAAUGUCAGGAGACACAAAAUAUCUAUCUUAUCAAACUGAGCUCAGCGAUAAUUUGAUUUGAGUCUGAAAUAAUAUUAGAGCUUGUUCAAAAAUGAAUAUGAAGUAAAUAUUAAGCGCAAUGGUAUAUUAUAAUUAAGUUUGAAUGAUAGGUCUGCUCUCGUAUAAAAAUAUAUUUAAAACUAAGGCUUCAGAAA